UAACUCACCUACUAACAAAACCUGUUAAAUUAACUAUAGCUCCACACGCCGCCGGUUGAAACCUCCAUAGCUCCUCAGCGCCGCCUGACACGCCGGAAUCUUACAUCAUCUCCACCGUGAUUCCACCUUAAACAGCCCAUUUCAUUUCCUGAGACAAUAGAACAAACACUGCAGAGCGCAAACAUUUUCCCGCCAAAGCCCAUUCCUCUUUUCCAAAAUACAUAACAGCAUAUAAGUUCCAACCACAAACAAGCAAUUUUGUGCUAAGGCGACAUAAAUCUUCUCAGCAAAUUCAUCCCGAACAGUGCUCGCAAAUUCCUCAAUCAAUAUGCUUAGUGCGUUCUAACCCUUCUUUUUGAAUAAUUCUUGUAAUUAAGCAUAUCUCCUUUGUGGAGUAUCUGAACAGUAAACUGGGUUUUUUUUGCCCUCUAUAGUAUCAAGAAAGCCUCAAUUUUUUGUUCUUUUUUAUCAGAAGAUGAUGAAACUUGUCAAAGCUAGCACCUUUAUCCAUGCUAUUCGCUCCUAUAAAAGAUUUUGUCACUUUGAAUCCAAAUCCCUUUUGGGUUUUGGUUCUUUAGGCUCAUCAGUUAGAACCAAUGUUGGGAUUUUCUGGGAUUUGGAUAACAAACCACCUAAGUCAUUCCCACCAUUUGAAGCUGCCACAAAGCUAAAAAAUGCAGCUGGGGAAUUUGGGGUUGUGAGAUAUACAGUAGCUUAUGCUAAUCGACACGCGUUUAGUUAUGUUCCUCCUUUAGUUAGGCAGCAAAGGAAAGAGAGGAAAACAUUGAAUUCUUUGGAAAAAAGUGGGGUUGUAAAGGUAGAGGAACCUUAUUUUUGUAGAGUGUGCGGGAGGAGAUUUUAUACUAAUGAGAAGCUUGUGAAUCAUUUUAAGCAAAUUCACGAGCGCGAGCAUACGAAAAGGUUGAAUCAGAUAGAGUCUGCUAGAGGAAAAAUGAGGAUAAAGUUGGUGGCUAAGUAUGCAAUGAAAAUGGAUAAGUAUAAGAAUGCUGUUAGGGAUGUUUUGACUCCGAAAGUCGGGUAUGGUUUGGCGGAUGAGUUAAAACGAGCAGGCUUUUGGGUUAGGACUGUUUCGGAUAAGCCACAAGCUGCUGAUGUUGCAUUGAGGAAUCAUUUGGUUGAUGUGAUGGAUAAGAGGAUGGUGGAGUGUGUGGUUCUUGUGUCUGAUGAUUCGGAUUUCGUGGAAGUCUUGAAGGAGGCGAGGUUGAGGUGUUUGAAGACAGUAGUUGUUGGUGAUUGCAAUGACGGUGCUCUUAAGAGAACAGCAGAUGCUGCUUUCUCGUGGCAAGAGAUCAUGAUGGGAAAGGCCAAGAAAGAAGCUGUCUCUGUUGUUGGCCGGUGGAAAGACCGAGAUGUUCUGAAAAGAUUGGAGUGGACUUAUGAUCCAGAGGCAGAGAAAAAGCAGUAUUACUCCGAAGUUGAGAGCGAUGAUUCUGAUGGACUCUUUUCAGGGGAAGAUGAUAACAAGGAUGUUGGUGCUUCCAUCUCUAAGGAAGAUGCUCGUGCAUGGUGGGAGUUGGACUCUCGUUCAGGACAUGAUUGAUGCAGCAAUUGAUUGUUGGCUUCAGCUUCAUUCUUAUAAAAAGGAGAGAUGAACUGGUGAUUCCACUAUAGAUCCCAUCCUAUGAAGGAUUUCGUAACGUUGAGGAGAUGGACAGAGAUGAUGGAUUACCUUUUUCAAAUAACUUUGCUGCCAAUUGUACAUACUGAGGUUUGGUAUGCUAUAAUCCAGUGGAGAGACUCGGAGAUUGAGGUUAAUCUCAGAGGCAAACAGAAGGGUCUAAAUUAAUGACAAUGUCUUCACAAUAGCUACCUGUGUAUGUGGAGAAGAAACUGAAUACUCUUAAGGAGUAAUUUUCUGUGGGAAGGCAUGGCAGAGAAGAGGAAGCUACAUUUGGUAAAAAGGCAAAAGGUAAUGAUUGACAGAAAGGGUGGUGGCAUGGGGGUUAGAAAUUUGAGAUUACAUAAUAAGAGCUUAUUGCUCAAAUGGCUAAGGAAAUAUAAUGAUGGGAGUGACAAAACCUGGAAAAAUCUGAUAAAUGCAAAAUAUGUGAGGAAAGGCUCACGGUGCCCCCCUGUGGCUCAAAAUUCUUCAAGAGGUAGUAUCUGGACUAAUAUGAGUAAGUUGUGGAAUGAAUUUCAACAACACACUAAAUUGAAACUUGGUUACGGGGCCAAGAUAAAGUUUUGGUCGGAACUUUGGGUGGGGGAGGAAAGUUUGAAAAACAGAUUCCCAACUCUUUACAAUUGUUCCUUUAAUAGAGAAGGUUGUGUCUCUGAAUUUUACUUUCCUGAUGGGCGGCAAUUGAAUUUUAGAAGGGAUUUUAAUGAUUGGGAGGUGGUGGAAGUUGGGCAACUAUUACAAGUACUGAGUACAGCAGUGGUUGUAGAAAAUAAGGAGGACACUAUGGUAUGGACAGCAAGCAAUGAUUUGAAAUUCUCUGUUAAAAGUUGCUAUAGCAUUCUACAAAAGCAAUCAGAAUAUUGUGACCCAACUGGCCAUGGAAGAUGUUAUGGAGAUCCAAAGCACCUAGCAAGGUGGCUUGUUUUGGGUGAAUUUUCAUAAGAAAAGCAUGCCUAACCCAAGAUAAUCUACAGAGGAGGGGUUUCAUGUUAAGUAACAAAUGCUAUCUUUGUGAAGAGGAACUAGAAACAGUUAAUCACCUGUUAUUCAUUGUAGAGUUGCUAAGCAGUGUUGGGAGCUCUUCCUGAAUCUAUGUGGUGUAAUUUGGGUAAUGCCCUCAGAUGUCAGGUGCUACUGGAUAGUUUGAACGAUCAGAAGAUAGCAAGAACCCAGAAAAUGUUUUGGAGGACCAUCCCUUUGUGUAUUUUCUGGACCAUUUGGAGUGAGAGGAACAAUGCUUGCUUUGAGAAUAAGAAGAAUCAUAUCUCCGGAGUCAAGAACCUUUGCCUUCACAGUCUUUUUUUUGGUGUGAGAAAAGUUUGCUUCGCAAUAUGGAUCAGUAUUUGGAUUUCUUGAAUUCAUUUGAGAAUUAUGUAGCUUGAAAUUGGUGUAGGGGUUGUAUGUUUCUUUGUACUUUUUAUAUACCAGCUUGGUACUUUUAUUAAUAAAUUUUUUUACCUUAUCAAGAAAAAAGAAGUCCACACAUCAUAUCUAGCUUCUCCCUUAAAAUUCUCUGCAGUUCUUACCACUCUGCCUUUUCUGCUGUAUUCAUAACAUGGAUUUUCAUCUCUCGGCUAAGUCCUCUCCUUUUGGCGGCUUGAAAUUCCCGGAACAAAAGGGGUGCAAAAGAAUUGAUGACAGAGUGACAGCUCCAGCAAUUAUGCAAUGUAAUGAAGGAAAAGAGAAAAUUAGCCUUGUGCCUAAUAACCUCUAGAACUUUCAUGAAUUAGGUCAGAGGAGUAAAAAUAUACUACCGUGUCUUCUUACCUUAGUACUUCUCAGCUUUUAAGUCUUUUGCUAAAACUUUUUUGUGCUCUUUUUUUUUUUAAAAUAAGAGUAAAAUUUUGUAACAGAUUACGAGGUAUGAUUGCUGGCUCAGAUUUCAAAAUUGAGAAAACUGUCAUCUAAGUUCUGUUGUAGUGUUAAAACAUGACAUUGGCAUCUGGUAUUGCUGAUAAAUUUAUCUAUACUGUGGUCUGAUGUAGGAUCCCUGUCUCAACUGGUAUUGUCAGUAGUGCUUCAUUGAUGGUUCAAAGUAGAUGAACUUCUGCAGCAUUAUGAUUUAUAACUGUUACUUCUCGCUCAGUUAAAUAAAGCGAUCAUUGUCAACUUACUUGUUCUUUCUUAAGAAGAAUGUUGGCCUGAACUAAGACAUCAGAAGAAGCCCAAGUCCACCUGAGUCGCAGAUAGAAUGUAGAAGAAACCUCUAUCUUUACAAUUUUUAACUCGAUAUAAAGGAAAAAAAAUGCAAGAAAUGGAAUACUUGAACCUGACAUCAAAAAGCGAAGUAUUUCCCCUCUGUUUUUAUAAGUUUUAACUGCGUAUGCGAUACUAGAAAAGAUCUUUUGAAUUUUCUUGGAUUGGCCUUUCAUAGAGUUCUUAAAAUUUGUAAGCAUUCAAACUCAGUCAGUCUUGCAUUUGUAUUGGUAUGGUUUCUGUUUGUAAUAGCCAUGAACUUUUAGCAUAUAGUAAUAUAUUUUGGUAUCUUGAGAAGUGUGUGUGACUGAAGAUAACAACAAGUAUACUGCUGGUCAAGGCAUGUAAUACUGUGAAGCUGGUGCAAUGUUUCUCCUAAGAGUAGUUCCCAUACCCAAAGUAAAGCAUCCAGUUUACAGUGCCUAUGCCUUGUGGUUCACUAUCUGUUCCUUUAUAAUCGUUUAGUGUGUUUUGUCGUGGAUGUUGGAUUUCAUGAGUUGAUAGCAUGUAAGGAAAGAACCUAAGCUAUUGAAAAAACUAAACUAAGUGGACAGGCAUCUAAAAUAGUAGCCGCCAUUUGUAACCAUUUUUUGUAUGGUGUUAUUGUUAUAAACACUAUCAAGAGGGGUUGCUCUGAUGGUA